AUGAAAUAUUUUCUUAGUGUUCUGAUUCUGCUGAGGACUUCUCUACUGGCCACGACUCAAUGCACCGCCCCGGCCUCAGAGUUUCACCUGGAAGGAGAUUAUCUCAUAGGUGGACUUUUUGAAAUUCAUCACAUCAGUGGUGGCGUUUAUCACAAAAGGCCAGAAGCUAUGGACUGCCGGAGUCACUCCUUCAGCCUUACAGAUUACCGGAAAUUUCAGUUGAUGAGAUUUGCUGUAGAGGAAAUCAAUAACUCUACCGACCUGCUGCCAAAUGUGUCUCUUGGCUAUGAAAUGUUCGACCACUGCUCAGAUUCAGAAAAUUUCCCGAGCAUGCUUAAAUUAAUCUCUGUUAACAACUUAAUUCAACCUUGGGAUGAACCACACACAAAUCUGUCCAAAGUGGUUGCAGUGGUUGGUCCUAUUACCAGCACCCAUGCCCUGACUCUAGCCCCCUUCUUCAUGGUGGAUCUCAUCCCUAUGAUCAGUUAUGGCUCCUCCACAUCUGUUUUUUCACAAACAGAAACAUUUCCCUCUUUCGUACGUACAGUGCAUCCCAAUGCAGACACCAUACAUGUGAUUGUCCAGAUGAUACAGCACUUCAACUGGCACUGGGUUGCUUUCCUUUACAGUGAUAAUGAUUUUGGCAUUGAUGGCCUGGAGUUGUGCAUGAAUAUGAUUAAGAAUACAGGGAUCUGCCUGGCAUACACCAAAGCCCUCGAUGACGAUGCAGAUUACUCCCUAAUAUUCGAACAGAUAGAGGCACAGAGGAUAAAUGUCAUUGUUGUUUUUGCUCCACAAAUGAUUGCUGAGGCUCUCAUUGAGUCAGCAAUACGACUGAAUGUCACCAACAAGGUGUGGAUAGCAGGGGACACCUGGUCCUUAAACAAAAAACUCUCCAAGAUGGAAGGAAUCAGAAACAUUGGAACUGUACUUGGAGUGUCUCAGCCAAUCGAUACAAUACCUGGCUUCAAUGAUUUCAUCUAUUCGACCAAAAUCCAGCCUCUUUGUGAAAGCACAGAACAAAGUGUGUUUUGUAAUCGGGAUUGCAACUGCAGCAGCCUGACAGCUGAGCAAAUCAUUGCUGGGGACCCAUCGUUCUCUUUCCCUGUUUAUUGUGCUGUAUAUGUCAUCGCUCAAGCCUUACACAAGACCUUAAAAUGUGGAGCUGGUGGAUGUAAUAACAAUAUUACGGUGUACCCAUACAUGGUUCUAGCAGAGCUGAAGAAGUCUAACUUUACACUUUUAAACGAGAGCGUCCAGUUUGACGAGAGCGGUAACCCCAAGUUCGGAUUCUACUCGAUUGUUUUCUGGAAUGAGAGUGGUGACGCAGAGCAGAUAGGCUUGAAGAGAUUCCACCCAUCGCCCUAUUUCUUCAUCAACAGCAGCAAAAUUCAGUGGUUCACAAAUGGAGAAGUGCCAACUUCACUAUGUUCCCAAGAAUGUCCUGUAGGAUACAAGAAAAAACAAGAUGGAAUUCACAAAUGCUGCUUCAAAUGUGAAAUCUGUCCAAAUGGAACUUAUGUCAACAGCACAGCGGAUCCCUACACAUGCACCCACUGCAAGGAGACAGAAUGGUCUGAAGAUGGCAGCACGUCAUGCAGUCUGCGGGUGCUGGAUUAUGUCCCAUACACAGACAUCGACGCUAUACUGAUAAUAAUGGGGGCCUGGGUCUUGGUGGGCCUCACGGUAGUCAUGUCUGUUCUCUUUGCCAUCAACUACAACACGCCUGUGGUCAGAUCUGCCGGGGGGCCGAUGUGCUUCCUGAUUUUAGGCUGCCUCAACCUUUCUGAUAUCAGUGUGUUCUUUCAUUUCGGUAAACCAACCACUUCUUUUUGUGCCUUAAGGUACUUGCCGUUUCUUUUGUUCUACACCGUUUGUCUAGCGUGUUUUGUCGUGCGCUCUUUUCAAAUUGUUUGCAUCUUCAAGAUAGCUGCCAAGAUCCCCAAGCUCCAGACUUGGUGGAAGAAAUAUCACGGACAAUGGCUGAUCAUCAGUGCAGCGUUUGUCACUCAGGGACUCAUCCUGCUUAUCAGCUAUUCCCACACACCUCCUAAACCUUACAACGAAACCACAUUGUACUCAGAUAGAAUCGUUCUUUGCUGUGACAUCAAUCUCAAAACAUCCUCCUGGUCUAUACUUUUUCUCGCGUUUUUGUGCAGCCUUUGCUUCAUUUUCUCCUACAUGGGAAAAGACCUUCCAAAGAAUUACAAUGAGGCCAAAGCGAUAACCUUCUGCCUCCUCCUGCUGAUCCUCACCUGGAUUUUCUUUGCCGCCGAGUGUACACUUUACCGCGGAAAGUACAUCCAGUCUCUUAGCGCUCUGGCAGUACUCUCCAGUCUCUACUGCUUCCUGUUUUGGUACUUUCUCCCAAAGUGCUAUUUAAUUAUUUUUCAACCCCACAAAAACACACAGCAGUACUUCCAAGGUCUCAUUCAGAAUUAUACCAAAACAAUUAGCCAGUAG